UUAUUGGCGUAUAAACGGAAAAAGAAAUCAAUCCAAUGCAAGUAUGGCUUUCAAGCUUGUCCCCCUGUUGCCUUAAGCCUGGAGACCGGAGGUGCUUGCAGACCGGAGGUCGCGGCUGCUUGCUUUCUAAGGUAAGGUACGAACUAGUGCUGGUAAGUGAACGAACCUGUGAAUUCUCGCGGCAGGCGUUCUCGAGGUCUUUGGUCCAGUUCAAGCAAGGGAAGGACAGACUGGACUGUUCCCUCGUGCUUCUCCCUUUAGGGGUGAAAACCUUCCUGACCGGAGUGCCGUUCACUCUACUUCUCCUGGCGGGAAGUACUUGUUCCCUUCACCAACCCGGAUUCAAAAAUCGUAUGUAUAUAAGCAUAGAAAGCGCACCGUUUUGAUAUGGCAGUUGAAAAUAUAUCUGGAGAGUUGCUCACUCCAACGAGCCUAGGCGGCCUAGGUGGACUUUGUCCACUUCCUAUCAAAGCUCGAGUCUCCGGACUUGAAGAAAAGAAAACGGUGCCCACGAGACGGCUUAUGGUGUUGCACAGGAAAGUCUGCUGGGCAGCAGAAACUCCGUAAUUAAGAUCCUGAAGCGCUUGCCCGCAAAACCUUAAAUUUUGGAAGGUAGGUUGCUUGACAUACUGUGACGGUGGCUCCAUACGGGAUCGAUCUUCUUGUCAUAUUCGUUUAAUACCAUUCUGACUCAGAAAAAUUUCUCUUGCAGUUUUCAAGCCAAUCGUUUUCUCGCUCGGAGCUGAAUGAAGGUAUUUCCUUUGGCUAGACGGAGUGGAGUGACGCGAAGUUCCUUUCAAAAGUCUUUUAUUAUAGCCUUAUUUUUGCUCCGGGGGGUCGUGGAAGAAUUGGGUUCGACUCCCAUAGCCCCGAUGUGGCGAAAAAGACUGAUUCAACGAGAUAUGCCUUGCCUGCAUUAAGAUUUAAAACUUGUCGUCUACUUUCAGGAAAUGUUCGGAACAGAGAACUUACAAUAAUACAACGCCGCAUUCUCCGAAGAUUGAGGAACAAGAAGAGAUCUAUUAAGAGAAAGAUUUAUCCGAGAAAAAAUCUUAACAGUUACAUCCAAUCACAAACUACACGAAAGUUGCCCCUUUUUCAUGGGGAUUUACCCAUCACAGAGAUGCACAGAGGAACAGAGCGAACUUCAUAUAUCCCUUUUCCACUCAAUCCAGAAACAAGAUCGGACGUUAUUCUGGUUCGUCUCCAUUUUUGUGAAACUAUUCCUCAAGCAAGGCAGCCGAUAAGUCAUCGAAGGGUUUGUGUGAAUAAUGGAAUGGUAAGCAUUACUCAUUUUAAAGUGUCCCACGGUGAUUUAAUAUCUUUUCAAGAAAAUGACGCGAGAAUCCGCGGUGAAGAAAUAAGGAGAUCUUUCUAUAUCGAAAUAUCAGUUGAAAAAAUCAUAGGCAAAUUCCUGGAUCACCCGGUAAGAAUGUGGAGAAGAACAAAAACAGAAUGGUUCCACCUACUCAAAACUCAGAGGGGAUGCCGCCUACUACUAAAAUCCCGGUUUUUGCAACAGUUGCGCUCUUCUAUGCAAGAAGAAGACUUAGAAAGAACAAAGAAGUUUGGAUCCGAAAAAGUAUGCUUAGGCAGUUCCUUCGCUGAGCACAACAGAAUGAAGAGGAAUUUGUAUCAUUUCAAAUCCCUAUUCUUAUCGAAGAGAAGGAACGAGAAAAACCGAAAUCUUCCUACUCGAACAAGAAGUCCUAUAGUUUACAACUCUUCUUUAUAUAGAAAUUCGACCUAUUGCUCCGCAUCCCCCCAUCAGUUUACUAUGAAGAGAAGAAUCAAAAGGAUUGAACUACCUACUCAUUAUUCGGAGGUGAAUCAUAGAACACCAAAAGCUGUGGUAUCUUAUGGACCUAACAUAGGUCACAUCCCUCACGACAUAAGAUUGAAAGAUCUAAACCUUCCUCUUCGGAGCGGAAACGGACGUGGCCAAAACAUAUAAAGAUCGGCGUAGUCGCUCAUAGGGACAUAUCUAUCCGGAUAGAGGAUAGUCUAGAUCGAUUCAUAGAUAGAUUUCUAUCCAUAUAGAUAGGUAUCUCCGUGGGUAGAGAUAAAGAUAGGGAUCCAUCUAGAUCUUGAUUCACUAUUUCCAUUUUUUUUUCUUGAUUCUGAUUAUUGAUUGCCUUUUUGUGACGACAAGUUUUAAAUCUUAAUGCAGGCUGGAAACAUCAUUUUUCAAUUAUUACUUGCUGGGUCGGAGCGUAGACGAGCGAGUAGAGCCCAGGAAACAGGGAAGCCCGUCAUAGAGCAGUCGACUAGAAGUAGAAGACUGCUGGCCUGAGAGAAGGCGGCCUCUCCCGGGAAACAUGGCCCAAUUUCUCUUCUUUCUUUUUUAUUUCGGGUUUCUUUAUUUUUUCAGGGGCCCAGAACGCUAAAGGGUAGGGGAGAAGCAAGCCGAACCUCUGAUCGACCUGGACACAUAAAAAAUUCUCGGCGUCGAGAGAUAUUUGAGAUUCCGUAAGUAACUUAGUGCAACAUGGCAAAUUUCAUUGAGAGGAAUCAGCAAAGAAAAGAAAAACGGGUCACAACAUAUUAUUAAGAUUUGAUCGUUGCAUUACUGUAUAGAAAAAGAAAAAAGAAAUUGCGUAUGAAAUACGCCCAAAGACUCCCAUGCCUUUCUUGGUUGGACCAACCAGAUUUCCGAAAAGUCUUUCUGUUAGAGCAAGAAGCGGAACUACAAGUGAAUCUUAAUAGAAAGCUUAUGAUGAGCAUCUAUUUGAGUCGAUCAUUUCCAAGAUCUAAUUCAAGUUUUUUCUUAUGUAGUGGAAAUGCCUUACAAUCUGAAGUUUUACGCUUAAGGGAAGAAAUGUUCUGGGGGGAUGCAGGCCCGGGGCCCCCCAGAAUUUGUAUGCAAGAUGAGCCUACAGGAGUGCCAAUCAACCGAGCCGCCAGGUUUGAGAAUAAGGUGGGAUCCCUGGAUGUAGUGGCCGGUGAAUCACUGAUCAAAGAGCAGAUUUUGGAGAGAUUCUUCAUCGAUGUAGUGGCCGGUGAAUCACUGAUCAAAGAGCAGAUUUUGGAGAGAUUCUUCAUCGAUGUAGUGGCCGGUGAAUCACUGAUCAAAGAGCGAGCAGCCGCCAGGUUUAAAAAUUUGGUGGGAUCCACAGAUGUAGUGGCUGGUGAACCGCUUCUUCUUCUUCCGCGAAGAUUCAGACAAAACCGAGCUUGGAUGGAACUGAACAAGAUUUGGCGAACGAAUACAAAGGUAAGGGGCUUUUUUAUUAAGAAAGUAAAGGGCGGGUAUUCAGUAGCCAUCGCGGGUUUCCUUACCUUUCUUCCAUUCCGUCGAAGAAAUUUUUCGAGUGCUCGAUUCACCAUUGAGAGGAUUAACCUCAAAAGGAAAAGGACGAAUAUUGUGGUGUUACAACAGCGGCGGAUCAAACAAGAACUUAUUUGUUUCUAGAUGAAUUUGUUUCAACAACCGAUCCUUGUCCGUGCGUGGAAGGAGGAGAGUUGUAGCCGGAUCGAACUCCCUUGACCUCUGAAGCGCUUGGACAUAGGAUUUCGGGUGGUAGCGCUUUUCCAACCAAUUCCUCAAAAGGGCUAAAAAGCUCCUCUAUCCCUUCAACCUUCUCGGGAGGUGGGAUGCCCCAUAAGCGCUUUUACCUUUUUUUAUACACCUUCCCAUCCGAAAAAAUUUCUUAUGUAGUAUCUAAGGAACUCGACCCCAACUCAUCUAUCCCGACCGAAGCUGACCGUUGAACCUCCAAAAACAGGACCGGGUGCUCCUGUCUUCUCUUCCCAAUGGGAGGAAUCACCCUGCUAGGAGCAUCUGUAGCGGCCUCAGUAACGGGGGAAAGAGAGGCGGAAGGCGCCCCGAUAGAGAAGGUGAAACCUUCCAAACUAUGAAUAAAAUCCCUCAUUGGAUUGGCCAGUAGAACUUCGAAGCUUAUCGGGCCUUCUCUUGUAAGCUAGCUCCAUUCGAUCGAUCGCUUCCGUUCGGAAUAGAUUAGUUGGGAAUUGGAUGCUCUGCAGUGAAGGGCCUAGCUGCUAAAGCAGUUGAUCCACUCGAUAGGGCGGGAAACGGAUAGAGAUGAAGAUGCAGAGUCUGAUGCGCCUCUCAUCCCGGUGAAGAAGAGGUGGGUUUCCUGGGCCCGGUCGGAGCUUCCUAUCUCUCAUUCGUUCGUUCCCCCUGGAGUAAAGUCAUCGGAAUCGGGGUUUGGUUCCGGUGGCCUCAUAUCUCCUACCCAAUUUGAAGGUGGGUCAAUGGACAUUAGAUACGUGAUAACACUUGUGGUUUCGGUGAAUCGCCUUCACUCUCGGGGUUCAGUCCCUGCCUCUUGGUGUCCAAUACCCAGUGAUGGGAGAAGGAGGGGGAGACGAAGAGAGAGAAGAUGGUUGCUUAGCAGCGGAAGCUGGGGAUCGAGAAGCGGAGGGAGGGCUUAGGCUUGAAAUGGAGCUAGGAUACCGGUAUUUUUCCCUACCUGGAU